CCUCCGGCUAUCGGCGAGGGGGAUGCAACCUCUCCAAUCUCCAAUCUUCAAUGCGAGGGCGGCACGGGAGACGCGGGGAUCCGUCUCGUCGGCGCCCACGACGACAUCACACCCUCUCGGCGCGGCUUGGAGAUGCCGCCGUCUCGGAAGAGAUGCCAACCGGAAGUCUCCCUCUCGCUUGGUCACGAUCAACAGCAUGUCGCAUGGCGCGCGUGCUUCCCGAAACAGACUUUCGCGUGGCUGCCGGCCAGGCCGAUCCAGCAAAUGGCAUCCCCCCCGUCUUACACGAUGGUCGCCGAUUACCACCUACCAACCACCCCCUGCUUGCGCAUGCUCUUCCUCUCACCUAGCGCGGCAGGGCUGUAGGCUAUCCGCUUCAGCCUCACACGUUGACAUGCGGGUUCCAGCAGCGCAGAGCAGGAGGAGGUGGUCUCGGCUAGUCGCAGCUGCGCCGGCCGGGUCCGCAUUGCAACUCGACGGAUGUCGGUGCAGGAGGGGAAAGAGGGAGAGAGUGAAGGAGAAGAUAAAAAAACCCCAACGGCUCCGUACCUUGGCUCUGGGCGCCUGGUUCCCGGUGGAGGUCAUACAGACACAUAUAGUAAACACAUAUAACCGCCCCCUUUCAACUUGGGUCCGUCGUUCUUAGAAGAAGAUCAUAUACCUCCUGUACUUUCAACUAAUCAGUGGCGGAAGAGAAGAGAGAUAUAUAAAACAUUCACAAACCGCAGCCCAUGGCGACUCACGGUAGCCACGCCUCGGCGACGACGGCAAAGGAGUACGCCGGCCACGGAUUCUUCCAGCCCGACGUCGAGAUGGGCGCCCCCGACGCCCACCUGUUCAACACCACGGUGCACAGCGUCUCGUGGGACGCCGUCGAGGUCACCGUCAAGGACAGGGAGACGAAGAAACCAAAGAAGAUUGUCGACCACGUCGAUGGCCUCGUCGAAGCGGGCGAGAUCUGCGCCCUUAUGGGCCCCUCGGGCUGCGGCAAGACGACGCUCCUCAACGUCCUCGCCGGCCGCCCGACCAACGCGUCCUCCGUCGGCGGCGCCGUCCUCGUCAACGGCGCGACGCCCUCGCGCUCCGACUUCCGGCGCAUCAGCUGCUUCGUCGAGCAGGAGGACGCCCUCAUCGGCUCCCUGACCGUCCGCGAGACCCUGCUCUUCACCUCGCGCCUCGCCUCCUCCUCCCUGCCCGCCGCCGAGCGCAUCGCCCGCGUCGACGGCCUGCUGGCCGCCUUCGGCCUCGAGGACCAGGCCGACACCAUCGUCGGCACGCCCAUCCGCAAGGGCAUCUCGGGCGGCCAGAAGAGACGCGUCGGCGUCGCCAGCCAGCUCAUCACGAGCCCCAAGAUCCUGUUCCUCGACGAGCCCACCAGCGGCCUCGACUCGGCCGCCAGCUUCGAGGUCGUUAGCUACCUGAGGAAAGUCGCCAAACGGAGCAAUCUCGUCGUCAUCGCGUCCAUCCACCAGCCGUCGUCGUCCACCUUCAGCCUCUUCGAUAAGCUCCUCCUCCUCUCCGCCGGCCGCACCCACUACUUCGGCCCCGUCGACGGCGUCGUCCCCUACUACGAGUCCCUGGGCAUGCCCAUCCCGCUGCAGGUGAACCCGGCCGAGCACGUGCUCGAGCUCGUCAACACCGACUUCGUCCGCGACAAGCGCGAGGCCGCCGCCCGCCUCGAGGCCAUGCGCGCUGCCUGGGACGAGUCGGCCCCGGCCAAAGACUUGCGCGUGGCCGUCGCCGACGUCCGGCGCCACGGUGACGGCACCUCCGCCGGCGCCGGCGCCGCCGUUGUCGGCGAGGCCGAGACGAAGCCGAACCUCGCAAGCCUCGUCGUCACGCUCCUGCACCGCGGCUUCGUCAAGAGCUACCGUGACGUCGUCGCCUACGGCAUCCGCUUCGCCAUGUACACGGGCCUCGCCCUCAUGAUGGGCACCGUGUGGGUGCGCCUCUCGACGGACCAGUCCUCCAUCAUCCCGCUGACCAACGCCAUCUUCUUCGGCGGCGCCUUCAUGUCCUUCAUGGCCGUCGCCUACGUCCCGGCCUUCCUCGAGGACCGCAGCCAGUACGUCAAGGAGCACCACAACGGCCUGUACGGCGCCACGGCGCUGCUCGUCUCCAACUUCCUCCUCGGCCUGCCGUACCUCUUCCUCAUCGCCCUCGUCUUCUCCGCCAUCUCCUACUGGCUGUCCAACUUCCGCCCGGCCGCCGACGCCUUCUUCGUCUGGGUCCUGUGGCUCUUCCUCGACCUGCUCGCCGCCGAGAGCCUCGUCGUCCUCUUCACCUCGCUGUUCCCGAGCUUCGUCGUGAGCCUCGCCCUCGUCGCCUUCGCCAACGGCCUGUGGAUGAGCGUCAACGGAUUCAUGGUCUCCCCCACCAUCCUCAACGCCUUCUACCGCUACGUCUUCCACUACUGGGACUACCAGAAGUACGUCUUCGAGGGCAUGAUGCGCAACGAGUUCGCCGAGAGGACCUACACCUGCGGCGAUGGCUGCCGCUGCAUGUUCCAGACGCCGCUGGCCGGCGAGUGCAAGAUCGCCGGGCAGGGCGUGUUGGACACCUACGGCUACACCGAGGACCACUUCGCGAGGAACGUCGGCAUCAUGCUCGCCAUCAUCGCCGGCUACAGGCUCGCGGCGUGGGCCGUCUUGAAGCUGAAGAAGAACUGA